GAGAAUGUGUGCUAUCCGCUCCGCUAGUGUGUCGGCGACAGCGACGUCGGUCGUAUGACAAAAAUGUUUUAAACGCCAUCGGAGCGCUCCGGAGAGUACAAAUCAUUUCUACCAUCAUCUCAUAUCUAUUCGUGACACGAGUGUGUUGCGCGUGCGUGCAAUAUCUGUGAUAAUUCAUCAAGCGACGACCACUUUGGGAUUAUUCUAAAGUUUGAAACAUUCGUUAGGACAAAGGGACAAAGCAUUAAUCAAUCACAAUGUCCGUCUUUGGAAUGGUCUCAGCGGUGGCGGGCUUCGUCAAAGUCCGCUACCUAGUCGACAAAGCCGUGAUAGACAAUAUGGUGUUCAGGGCCCAUUACCGAAUCACGUCGGCCAUCUUGUUCAGCUGCUGCAUCAUCGUGACCGCCAACAAUUUAAUCGGCGAGCCGAUUCAAUGCAUUAAUGACGGCGGCGUACCGAUACACGUGAUAAACACGUACUGUUGGAUAACGUACACGUUUACGCUACCGAACGAGCUGCACAAGCCGGUGGGGACGCACGUGGCGUUUCCGGGUCUCGGGAAUGAGCAUCAGGAGAAGAGUUAUCACAGUUAUUAUCAGUGGGUGCCAUUCGUAUUAUUCGCACAGGGAAUUCUAUUUUAUCUGCCACAUUGGAUCUGGAAAACUUGGGAAGAAGGCAAAAUCCGUAUGAUUUCCGAUGGUAUGCGUGGAGCACUCGUUGGCAAUAAAGAUGAUCGCGCUCAUCGUGUUAGUCGUUUAGUACAAUAUGUCAUUGAGAGUUUGCACUUACACAACACAUAUGCAUUCGGAUACUUCCUCUGCGAAGGCUUGAACUUCAUCAAUGUGAUGGUUAACAUAUUCAUGACAGACAAAUUCCUCGGCGGCACAUUCUUAACCUACGGCUCUGAAGUGAUCAACUUCUCGAAUAUGAAUCAAGAAAACCGUACGGAUCCCAUGAUUAAAGUCUUCCCUCGUAUCACCAAGUGCUCCUUCCACAAAUACGGAGCUUCCGGUUCCAUUCAGGAACACGACGCUAUGUGUGUCCUAGCGUUGAACAUCCUCAACGAGAAGAUCUACAUCUUCCUCUGGUUCUGGUUCAUCAUCUUGGCAGUUCUCUCUGGAUUAGCACUGGUUUAUUCCACUGCGGUUGUGUUACUGCCAACUACACGUGAGACUAUCUUACGAAGGCGCUUCCGUUUCGGCACGCCGCAGGGCGUGGACGCUAUCAUUCGCAAAACACAAGUCGGUGACUUCCUACUGCUGCAUCUACUCGGUCAGAAUAUGAAUCUCAUGGUGUUUGGUGAGAUCCUCGACGAGCUGGUUAGACGCCUCAACUACGGCAGCAACAGCAAUCUCCCAUCGGCGCCGAGCACGCUCGAAAUGAGUCCCAUUUAUCCGGAGAUCGAAAAGUUCGGCAAGGAGACCGAGACGUAAGAACUACACCAUUGAGAACUGCGCGAUUUGACAUCCGAACAGAAGACACGAGGACAAGAGACAUUCUGAGCGCCAUAGUAUUAUUAGAUCUCUCGCCUUUCACUAUUUAAAUCGAAAUUAGGUUUUUUUAACGAGUUUUACGUAGGUCAAGAUGAAGCAAAACACGUACGCGUAGUAGGUAAGAAUUAUUGUGAUUAUUAUAGCGUUUAGGUUUAGGCGGAAACACACAUACACACACCGGAAGCUGGCAACACGUGCAUACGGCUGCUAUGCAUACUGAUAUUUCGUCAGCGUUUUACAAUCUAUUAUUUUUUUAGUAAUUGAGAGAUGUUUUGCUUGUAAUUUUAAUGUUUUUUUUUUCGUUCAUCUACUAACUUAAGACUGUACGACUAUUUUUAUGAAUAUUUAAGCGUUUUAGUGCCUUAAAUGCCGACAAUAAAUUAAAAAUCAUAAAAGUA